UCGUGAUCAAAAUUCAUUUUCCACCAAUCACGCCACUCCUUGCUGAUCUCUUCUCUCUUCUCUCUUCUUCUUCUCUCUCUCUCUAUCUCUCUCCUUUCAAUCACUCUUUUCUCUGAAACUCUCCAAAGUCCCCUUCUUUUAGUAUGUCAUUAUAACAAGUGGCUCAACUUUUUUCCUCUUAUAAUUUUUUGUCCCCAGUCAAACGGAAAGAAAACGACAUAAAAAGAGUAAUGAAAAGAAAAGAAUUUCUAUUACUCUUCUCUUUUUUGGUUUUUCUGUUCUGUUUUCCCCGCCUCAAAUUGGAGUUGGCGGCUGAGAUUCGAAAGCCCUUCUUUGUCCAGUGAAGAUAUUUGGGUACAACCUUUGAGAAUCUGAAAUGGGUAUUUAAAAUCAGUAUCUGUUUCGUUUUUCAUGCAUUUUUUUUCCUUACAUUGAGAGUUUGUGGUUUGGGGAAUGGAAAUUGCUGCGGCAUCAGCGACGAGUACGGUGUCGUUUUGGGCGUCUUCUUCGUUGGAAUCGAUUUGUGCUCUGAGGCUGAGCUCCAAUGGCGUCUUCAUUAGAUUUAAAAGACCAUCCACGACUUUUGGAUUCCAACACCAACACCAACAACGUUUGCUUCUCAGCUGCUCCAACGGCGGCGGUCGUGCUUCUUCGUCUUCUCCUAUCAAGAGGACCCAACCCAGAACCAGAACCAGACCGAAGCCCAAACCCAGAAACGACGCCGUCCUGAGUUCCAAAGACGACCGGCCUCGGCCUCAGCCUCAGCCUGACCGGCGUGUGGAUUCCCAGGAACAACAAUUGUUGAAGAACAAGUUGAAUGGGGAUCCACUUGGUCGCCGGGACCUUGGGAAGAGCGUGGUGAGGUGGAUUUCCCUGGGAAUGAGGGCCAUGGCUACAGACUUCGCCUCUACCGAGGUUGGUGCUGGUGAAGAAAGCGACUUUUCGGAGCUCCAACAGCAAAUGGGGCCAGGCCUCACCUUUGUAAUCCAGGCGCAACCUUACCUAAAUGCCGUCCCAAUGCCUCCUGGUCUAGAGGCUGUCUGCCUCAAGGCCUGCACUCACUACCCGACGCUAUUCGACCACUUCCAGAGGGAGCUCCGAGACGUUCUCCAAGACCUCCAACGCCGAUCGGUGGUGUCAAAUUGGUGCGAAACCUGCUCUUGGAAGCUGCUCAAGGAGCUAGCGGGCUCGGUGCAGCACAGGGCGGUGGCACGCAAGGCUCCAGGGCCGCCCAAGAGUGCGCUGAGCGUGUUGGGGAUGGAGAUGGAGAAGGCCAAGGCUAUUCAGAGCAGGAUUGACAAAUUCACCAAUGGAAUGUCCGAACUCCUCCGCAUUGAGAGGGAUGCUGAAUUGGAGUUCACACAAGAGGAGCUUGAUGCGGUUCCUAUGCCGGAUCAAUCUUCUGAUUCGUCGAAACCUAUUGAGUUCUUGGUUAGCCAUGGUCAGGCUCAGCAAGAACUUUGUGACACCAUAUGCAAUCUGAAUGCAGUCAGCACAUCUACAGGUUUAGGUGGGAUGCAUUUGGUGCAGUUCAAGGUUGAAGGGAAUCACAAGUUGCCUCCGACGACCCUGUCUCCGGGAGACAUGGUCUGCGUGAGAAGCUGCGACAGCAGGGGUGCAGGUGCAACUUCUUGUAUGCAGGGUUUUGUUAACAACUUUGAGGAAGAUGGCUGCUCCAUUAGUAUUGCGCUCGAGUCUCGUCAUGGUGAUCCUACCUUCUCCAAACUCUUCGGGAAGAAUGUGCGCAUUGAUCGCAUUUAUGGACUUGCUGAUGUGCUCACAUAUGAGCGCAAUUGCGAAGCCCUUAUGCUGCUUCAAAAGAACGGUUUGCAGAAAAAAAAUCCUUCCGUUGCUGUUGUAGCUACACUAUUUGGGGACAAAGAAGAUGUUAAAUGGUUAGAGCAAAAUAAUUUUGUGGAUUGGACUGAACAAGAAUUGAGUGGACAUUUUACAAACGAAAAUCUGGAUGAGUCUCAAAGAAGAGCCAUUGCCUUAGGUUUGAACAAGAAACAGCCGAUUUUGGUAAUUCAAGGGCCUCCUGGCACUGGAAAGACGGGUUUGCUGAAGGAAUUGAUUGCCCUAGCAGUUCAACAAGGCGAAAGAGUGCUUGUGACAGCACCUACUAAUGCAGCCGUAGAUAACAUGGUUGAUAAACUGUCCGAGAUUGGAUUAAACAUAGUGCGGGUUGGCAAUCCAGCACGUAUAUCUCCAAGCGUAGCGUCAAAGUCUCUGGGGCAGAUUGUGAAUUCUAAGCUUGCCAACUUUAAAGCUGAGCUGGAAAGAAAAAAGUCGGAUUUAAGAAAAGAUUUGAGGCAUUGUUUAAAGGAUGACUCUUUAGCUGCCGGCAUACGUCAACUAUUGAAGCAGCUCGGAAAGACACUGAAAAAGGAGGAGAAGCAAGCAGUGAGGGAAGUACUAUCCAAUGCUCGAGUUGUUCUGGCCACCAACACUGGAGCAGCAGACCCUUUGAUUCGAAAACUAGACACUUUCGACCUGGUUGUUAUAGAUGAGGCGGCACAAGCAAUUGAGCCUGCUUGUUGGAUUCCCAUACUACAGGGAAAGCGCUGUAUUCUUGCCGGCGACCAGUGCCAGCUCGCUCCGGUGAUUCUAUCUAGAAAAGCCUUGGAAGGUGGUUUAGGAGUGUCUCUACUCGAGAGAGCUGCUUCUUUACAUGGAGGUCUUCUUACCACCAAGUUAACCACACAAUACCGCAUGAAUGAUGCGAUAGCCAGUUGGGCGUCCAAGGAGAUGUAUGACGGUUUGCUCAAGUCUUCUCCGACCGUCUCUUCUCAUCUUCUGGUGGAUUCUCCAUUCGUCAAGCCAACAUGGAUAACUCAAUGCCCGCUUCUCUUGCUCGACACGAGAAUGCCAUAUGGAAGUUUGUCGGUCGGCUGCGAGGAGCAUUUAGACCCUGCAGGCACGGGUUCAUUGUACAACGAAGGAGAAGCGGAUAUCGUUGUGCAGCAUGUCUUUUCUCUGAUAUAUUCUGGUGUUAGCCCAACAGCAAUUGCAGUACAAUCUCCUUAUGUUGCUCAAGUACAACUCUUGAGGGACAGGCUAGAGGAACUUCCUGAGGCUGCAGGAGUUGAGGUUGCCACAAUUGAUAGCUUCCAAGGCCGCGAAGCCGAUGCAGUGAUCAUAUCAAUGGUACGGUCAAACACUUUAGGAGCAGUUGGAUUCCUAGGAGAUAGCAGGCGAAUGAACGUCGCCAUAACGAGGGCGCGCAAGCAUGUAGCCGUCGUCUGUGAUAGCUCGACGAUAUGCCACAACACCUUCCUAGCGAGGCUAUUGCGCCAUGUUCGCUAUGUCGGGAGGGUGAAGCAUGCAGAGCCAGGCAGUUUUGGGGGAUCAGGACUUGGCAUGAACCCAAUGUUGCCUUCCAUCAAUUAAAAAAAAAAAAAAUCCAAGUACGUAUAGACACGCAUGUUUUUCUUUUACCACCAUCUUCUUCUUCCCCAUUCUCUUCAUGUACAGGUAUUUCUCUUUUGGCAGAAAAGUAGCCAUUUUAGUAGUUAUACAUUGACCAUCAAUUAUUGGUUUUACUGUAUAUAAACGGUGUAAUUCAUCAUUCAUCCCAAUACUUGUAUGUAACUUAUUUUGAUUCGUCUUUACACUAACGAAGAACGAAUGCCAUUUUUUUAAGGAGCUUUUCGUUUACCCAGAAUUGUUGAACUGGGAAAUUGCAUAUCAAUUAUCAAAAGAAAAUUACUGUCCAAUA